GUAUACAGAAUCCAGGGAGUUACAACUUAUAGAGAGACUCAGAGAGAGAGUUGAGACGCAACUCAGACGAUGCUGUGGUCGGGUCGAGUGUUGGCGGUCUCGUACCCGGUAAAGCCGCCUUUUCCGUACAAUUUUCCUCAUUGGAGCGCCAAAUUUUGUGAUGUAAAACCUAAGCUCCACCCGAGAUGGCGACCCAGGGCCGCCUACCCUGAACCCUCCUCCUCCUCCUCCUCCUCUUCUUCUUCUUCUUCAUUUGCUGCCUCCAUAGAAUCCGAUCCUACCGACAAGAACGCCUCCGGAUUCUGUAUAAUAGAAGGCCCUGAAACAGUGCAAGACUUUGUCAAAAUGGAAUUGCAAGAGAUUCAGGAUAAUAUUCGUAGUCGUCGGAACAAGAUUUUCUUGCAUAUGGAGGAGGUUCGCAGGCUGAGAAUACAACAGAGGAUUAAAAAUGCAGAACUUGGAAUUUUAAAGGAAGCUCAAGAGAAUGAACUUCCUAAUUUUCCAUCAUUCAUUCCAUUUUUGCCUCCUUUGAGUUCAGCAAACCUUAGGCUGUAUUAUGCCUCCUGUUUUUCUCUUAUUGCUGGGAUUAUCAUUUUUGGCGGCCUCCUAGCACCUACUUUGGAGCUUAAGUUGGGAAUAGGAGGCACAUCAUAUGAAGAUUUUAUCCGAAGUGUGCAUCUACCAAUGCAGUUGAGUCAGGUUGAUCCAAUUGUGGCAUCAUUCUCUGGAGGAGCAGUUGGGGUCAUCUCAGCAUUAAUGAUAGUUGAAAUAAACAAUGUAAAACAGCAGGAGCAUAAAAGAUGCAAAUAUUGUCUCGGAACUGGAUAUCUUGCUUGCGCUCGCUGUUCAAGCACUGGAGCGCUAGUUCUCACUGAACCAGUGUCAACAGUCAGUGGUGGAGUUCGGCCUCUAUCACCACCGAAAACAGAAAGAUGCUCAAAUUGUUCAGGAUCUGGAAAGGUUAUGUGCCCCACGUGCCUAUGUACUGGAAUGGCAAUGGCAAGUGAACAUGAUCCUCGGAUUGAUCCUUUUGACUAGAGCCGCGUCAUCGAGUUGAUGGGAAGGAGGGAUAGAGAGGAAUCGGAGAUAAUUGAAAGGAGGAAUCACUUCGUUUCGGGUCUGUUUGGUUGCUGAGAAAAUUGUGAAGGAAGGGGCCCAAUGUUCACAGGCAUCUGCAUCCGAGUCGGUGGAUGUGCCCACGUGAGAGGCUUUCAUGGCCUCCAUUCACUCGGCUUCGGGCCACUCCAAAAUACAGCAAUUCCCUUUAUUUUUCCUGUCAGUUUUUUUUUUUUUUUUUUUCCCUGAGUAAUGAGUUUGUUAUUAACUGUUUUCAGCAUAUAUUGAAACUUAUUUUAGAAGUCCGCACUAUAUAAUGAAUGCUUUGAAAAUCUUUGUCUAAUUUUUCAUCCA